AUCAUAAACGCCCUCGCCUCCAUCAAUUCUCUUCCCCCUUUGUAGUCCCUGCUGAUUGCAUCCUCCUCUGGCAACAGCCCCCCCUCACAUACUCGCAAUCAUGCUAUCCUCAAGGUUAUCACGCACCUUUCUGCCGCGGGCAACAUCCGCUGUCCGGCGCGCGCCUGCCAUUAGAUCUCCCUUGGGAUGGUCAUUUGUACGCGGAUAUGCCGAGAGCUCUGAGGAGAAGGUGAAGGGCUCCGUCAUCGGUAUCGAUUUGGGCACUACAAACUCUGCAGUUGCCGUCAUGGAGGGCAAGACGCCGCGCAUCAUCGAAAACUCCGAGGGUACCCGCACAACGCCGUCCGUUGUCGGCUUCACCAAGGAGGGCGAGCGUCUCGUUGGUGUCGCCGCCAAGCGCCAGGCCGUCGUCAACCCAGAGAACACCCUCUUCGCCACAAAGCGUCUCAUCGGUCGCAAAUUCACUGACCCCGAGGUGCAGCGUGACAUUCAGCAGGUGCCGUACAAGAUCGUCCAGCACACUAAUGGCGAUGCAUGGCUCGAGGCACAGGGACAGAAGUACUCGCCCUCCCAGAUCGGUGGUUUCGUGCUCGGCAAGAUGAAAGAGACUGCUGAGGCCUACAUGGGCAAGAAUAUCAAGAACGCCGUCGUCACUGUCCCCGCCUACUUCAACGACUCCCAGCGACAGGCCACCAAAGAUGCCGGCAUGAUCGCCGGCCUCAACGUCCUCCGUGUGGUCAAUGAGCCCACCGCUGCUGCCCUUGCCUACGGUCUUGACAAGGCUUCCGACAACGUCAUUGCCGUCUACGAUCUUGGUGGUGGUACUUUCGAUAUUUCCAUCCUCGAGAUCCAGAAUGGCGUGUUUGAGGUCAAGUCAACUAACGGUGACACCCAUCUUGGUGGUGAGGAUUUCGACAUCACCCUCGUCCGUCAUCUCGUCCAGCAGUUCAAGAAGGAGCAAGGCAUUGAUCUCAAUAGCGACCGCAUGGCUAUUCAGCGAAUCCGAGAGGCUGCUGAGAAGGCCAAGAUUGAGCUGUCCUCCUCCCUCCAAACCGAAAUCAACCUGCCUUUCAUCACCGCCGAUGCUUCGGGGCCCAAGCACAUCAACUCCAAGAUGACCCGUGCUCAGCUCGAAAAAUUGGUUGACCCACUGAUCUCCAAGACUGUCGAGCCCGUCCGCAAGGCCCUGAAGGAUGCCAAUCUCCAGCCCAAGGACAUCCAAGAGGUCAUUCUCGUUGGUGGCAUGACCCGUAUGCCCAAGGUCACCGAGUCGGUCAAGAGCAUCUUCGGCCGUGACCCCGCCAAGUCGGUUAACCCCGAUGAGGCUGUCGCUAUUGGUGCCGCUAUUCAAGGUGCUGUUCUUGCUGGCGAGGUCACUGACCUCCUGCUCCUCGAUGUCACUCCCCUCUCUCUUGGUAUCGAGACCCUGGGCGGUGUCUUCACCCGUUUAAUCAACCGAAACACGACUAUUCCCACCAAGAAGUCGCAGGUCUUCUCCACCGCUGCCGACUUCCAGAGCGCCGUCGAGAUCAAGGUGUACCAGGGUGAGCGUGAGCUUGUCCGUGACAACAAGCUGCUGGGUAACUUCCAGCUUGUCGGUAUUCCCCCAGCACACCGUGGCGUACCACAAAUCGAGGUCACCUUUGACAUUGAUGCCGAUUCCAUCGUCCACGUCCACGCCAAGGACAAGUCUACCAACAAGGACCAGUCCAUCACCAUCGCCUCUGGAUCCGGUCUCUCCGACGCUGAAAUCCAGAACAUGGUUGAUGAUGCCGAGCGCUAUGGAGAGCAGGACAAGGAGCGCAAGAACGCCAUCGAGGCCGCUAACCGCGCCGACAGCGUUGUGAACGACACCGAGAAGGCCCUGGAGGAGUUCGAAGACCGACUCGACAAGGCCGAGGCCGAGAAGAUUAAGGAGAAGAUCGCCUCGAUGCGCGAAUUCAUCUCCCAGAGCCAGUCUGGUGAGGGUGCCGCGACCGCUGCUGAGAUUAAGGAGAAGACAGACGAGCUCCAGAACGCUAGCUUGAGCCUAUUCGACCAGAUGCACAAGGCUCGAUCAGAGUCGUCCAGCAACCAGGAAAACCAGCAGCAACAGCAGCAACAGCAGCCUGGCGAAGGUGAGGGAGAGAAGAAGCAGUAAGCUCUUCGCUGCAAUCUAUAGUCAAAUCUCCAUUUCUCCUUUCUACGGUCGGUCUAUCUUCGCGGCACAAAUAAAAAGCAGGCGUCAUUGAGUUGCAUGCAUUACGGUCUUGGGGGGUCUCUUAGACGUGUAUAGUUUUUCUUCCUUUUGUUACCCACGAUUGUACCUAUACCUCUCGUCUCUUCUCUUCACACACUCUCCAGCGCCAUCGCCAAUGUUUUAUUAUGUCGGUUUUCCUGCCGGUUGGUUAUGCCUUGAAUGAAACGGGGAUAUCCACACCAGGAAGGUGGAGUCUUUUUGGGCUGGGCGGGAGAUAUUACCAUCUCUAUCCUUGCAACACUGUCGCUACAUAUGCAGGGGUCCGAGGGUGGGAAAUGGUGUAAUUAGUGGAGGGAAUGGUUGAUGAAAGACAGAUAAUUGUACUAUAGCAGGGACGUGAGAUGUUAAUGUCAAUCCUUCUCCGCUCUU